ACUCCCCUCUCUCUCACGUACAGGUUUUGCCUUCCCUGAGCCUGAGGAAGAGCUUCAAUACGAUGACAUGGAAGAAUCCGGUUAUGAUGGAGACGAGGAAGAGAUCGACUAUGGUGAACCUCCUGAGUUCGCUAUGGGCCCCCAACACCUGGUGGCCAAAGAGGGCGACACCAUCAACAUCAACUGUCAACCCAACGAAGAGUCUCCCUACGUCAUCCUAGUGAAGAAAGCGGCGACGGAGACAUCGAAGGCGAAGAUUCUGUUCGUCGGGGAUGUGAAGGUACAACGCAACCGCCGCUACAAGCUGAACGGACAUAUGGUUGAGAUCUCCAACAUAAGGGCCUCUGAUGCUGGCACUUACAUCUGCAGCGUGGAGACUCAGCCACCCUUGGAGAUAAAGCACGAGCUAGAGGUGCAGUACGCCCCUAAGCUGAAGAUGAUCUCUGAAGCGGAGCAGCACGUGUUGAAAGGGGAGAGUGUGAGGCUGGAGUGUCAGAGUGAGGGAAAUCCAACACCUACCAUCCACUGGUCCCGUCAGGAGGGCAGACUACCUUCAGGUGCUCACGAGGAAGAGGGUCUCAGCAUGCUGUUGGAGGAAGUGGAUCGUCAUGUUGAAGGUACUUACGUCUGCAUGGCUGAUAAUGGCAUCGGUGAACCAGUUUCUGCCUCCAUGUCCGUUAUGGUCGAAUAUCAACCAGAGAUCAUCACUGAGAAGGCCAUCGUGCGGACAGGGGAAGGUGAUAAGGUGGAGCUAGUGUGCAUCGUUCACUCUCGACCCACAGCCGAGGUCACCUGGAGCAAGGACGGCCAGACUCUCACCCUCGACAACCAUUUGGAGGAACAGAAUGGUGGUCACCGUCACUCCCUCAGAAUCUCUCAGGUCACCGAGGAAGACUUUGGCGAGUAUGUGUGUACAGCGGCCAACGAACACGGCACUGUCAGGGCAUCCAUACACAUGACAGGCCAGCCCAAACCACCACACUUCACCAGCGACCCUAAUGGUGGUGAGGAGACGAGUUACACCCUUACCUGGGAGACCGAGAGUUACUAUCCCAUCCUCCAGUACCGUCUUACCUACCGCAAGGCCAAGGCCAACGAUUCCACUGACGAGCCUGGGGAGUGGCACGACAACACCUACGAGGCCACAGACAUGGAAACACAGGGACUGAUGCACUACAUGAAACACACCAUCAACGACCUAGAGCCAGCCACUGACUAUCAUGCCAUAAUCCUCGUAAAGAACAAGUUCAUGUGGGGUGCAAACACUGAGUUUGCUUUCUCAACGAAAAAAGUCCCACCCACCACCACUCCUACCACCUCCACCACCACUACUACCCAAACCACCACUACCACACCCCUCACCACCACCACCUUUGUUGGGGAUACAGAGGGUCCAUCACUUGCCUCCAGUAAAGAGGUGGCCGUUGAAAGGAAGACCAGUGGAGCCCCCUCAACAUUCACCUGCUUCCUGCCAAUAUUCCUCCUGCCUGUUCUACUGCUCAGGACCUAAGUAGCUGUUGAAGACUAGUUCCUGCUAUAUCAGACAUAAUCCGGUGCCUCCAAACAGGAAUUUCUUCGAACAAAAAUUCCAAAAAAAAAGGGUCGAGCUUCAAGCUAUUUAUGUUAUUUUCUUCAUUAUUUUGGCAAAUUUACUGAUGAAACAGCUUAAGGCAUCCCUGGAUAUUUUUAUUUAUUUAUUUUUAUUUUUUUGCAUUUGUUGAAAAAUUUUGAUCACAGACUCAAAUAAACUGGAAGCUUAUCAUUAAGGAGUCAAGAGGUGUGGCACCAGAUUAUAAAAAACUGUUUCACAAUGCUUCCAAGAGUAUUGUGUUUAGAGAGGCAUUAUUAAAACAAAUGGUGUAAUUAUAAAGUGUGAUUGGAGUUUAUAGAGGUAAUGAUGUGUUAAAUAGAAUUAGAACUGUAAUAACAAGAUACUUAGAUGAUGCUAUAACACUGGGGAUGGACCACUCUGCUUUUCUGAGCAGUCUGCCAAAGUAUCCCUCUUGAUUACAACCAGAGUGGUGCCAAUUUCUCCUUAACUCCAGAAUAGUAAGAGACAGUAGUAGUAAUAUGAUAAAAACUAAGGAUUAUGACACAAGUGAUCAAAUAGAUCUUUAAAAAGUUUAACCUAUUGAAAUUGAACGAAUUAUACAAUAUAUACACAAAAUGUAACACAACAAUUGAUAUCAAGUCUUCUCAGAUUAUAAGCCAACUUGUGUUCCUCACCACAGAGGGAACAGUAAAAUUGUCCGUAAAUGUUGUUAGUGUAUGUUACCACGGCACAGUCAUCCUGCUGGAAGUGGGCAUUUCAUGGCACAUAUUGUUGACAAGUGAGGUGUGUAAAAUGACUUAAGAUUAUGGUAAUUAGACAGACUAUAAAAUGUAAAAUCAAACACGUCAUAUGAAUACUAAGAUCCUGAGAUUACUUCGAGGACCAUUGAAUUACUUGAAUGCCCAGAGAAUAAGUUGGAAGUGGCGUAAGAUCACUUAGGUGGCUUGAGGAUAAGUUGGGUGGCCACGGGAACACUUGGACAGGUCAGGAUUACCUAAAAGGCCCAUGUCACAAUGCCCUUAGGUACUUGCCACUCUACUGAGCCCCUUGGCCUUUCUAGUGCUCUCAACAACUGCCAUAGCAAUUCCUUUGUUUUAUAGAAAACUGUUCAGACAUUAAUGUGAUCGUUGUAUGUUAUAUUCUGCACCUGCUUGUUGUAUGUACUGGAUCAUUACAAGAACAACACUGAUCAUCAAAGAAAAGCAGAGGCGGAAUAUUACUAUGGAAAUAAUCUUAUACAUUACUUUAGGUAACUCUGGAAUGUAGAGUCAUCAUGGCUAAUAGAUUACUCCUAUCAUUGCAUAGAAACAAAUGAGCUUCAAUGUUUCUAUAAAUUUCCUCCUUUUUUAUCCAAGAACUUCUCAUUCUUCCUUUCUUUUUUCCAAAAUACAUUUUAUUCUUGCUUCCUUUCAUUACUUUUAGUUCUGAUUACAGAGAGGUUUUACUUAGUCUGUCACGUGUUUCUCCUUGUAUAGGAAGAUACAAUAUAGGCAACCAUGUACAAUGUUCUCCCUGUGUGUAUGUAUAUAUAUAUAUUAUAUAUAAUGAUCUAAUCCCUCUCACAAUUUCUAAGUGACCAGUAGAACCACAGUCGAUCAAUAGGCAAUCACUCAAUUAUAUUAAGUCUAUACAAUUGGGUGUAUUGGUCUGGCCGGGGGAAUAAUUUUAUAUCAUUAUACUUGUACUGUAUAGGGUCAGAUAACACUCAUGUGUAUCAGUGGGAAUAACUCGACAACUCAACAUUUUCUGGCACUGGAGGACAGUCAUGAUAUCAGGUCAGGUUCUGUGUGUUUCUUCAACUAAUACAAUAUCUUCCUUCCAUUUACUCACAAUAUGGAUAAUGUGUAAAAAGUACACAUUUUUCUUCAUAUUUUACUCUCAUAUUAUCUCUUCUUGUAUAGCAUGACCAAAUUGUGAGUGAAGUAGUGCUCGUAUAUAUAUAUAUAUAUAUAUAUAUAUAUAUAUAUAUAUAUAUAUAUAUAUAUAUAUAUAUAUAUAUAUAUAUAUAUAUAUAUAUAUAUAUAACUGACUCAUGCACCCUAGUUCCUUGUGGUAAAUAGUAAAGGAUCUUUGUUCCCAAACUCGAGAACACACUACAGACUGACCCUCACUGUAUGGUAACCAAAUUUUACUCUUGACAUAUCCUACUGACUUAUUUUAUCCUGUUAUUUAUACCCUGAUACUCCAGCUUACCUCUGUAUAUACAGCCCAUUAUCUUAACCUAUAUCCUGGUAUAGGAACCAAUGCAUUAAUUUAUUUUGGUAUGGACAUUGUGGUAGUAGUUGUAUCAUCAUCCUGGUACCUGGCUAAUGCCAUAAUGGUAGUUAGUCAGGUCUUCAGAGCCUUCCUGUGCAAAGCUGAUGACAAAACAAAAAUCACCUGUGCCUUCUUAUUAAAAACUCUAGAGCAUUAUGACAUUUUCAAAACGUUUACUUCAAACAUCUGUGCUGUGAUUGUACCGCAAAGCACAACGCAAUUUUAAUUACACUUCAGGUGGUAACAACAGCGCACUUGAGUCUUUGUUAUGUCACUUGCUUACAGCACUGGCCAGGUAUGAAGAAUAUGCUUGAGAGAUGUGGUGGUUGGUCAUGAAGAGUCAAUCAAGGACCUCAGUUCUGUGUAUACACACUUUUUCUUGUGUUGUGAUUUGUAUGUUUUGCUAACUUAAAAUUGUUCUCUACAGUAUUUGACAAGUGUUUUGCCACUAUAAAUGAUAUUAUUCUUUCUUCUCAAAGUGUAACUUUUUUUUAGGUUUAGAUGUCAACUUUGGGUUAGAAUUUUUAUGAAGUAACAAUGGAAAUACCAAAAUAGAAAAAUAAUUCUCACAUUAAUACCUAUUUCUAAUUUGUAAAGAAAAAAAUAUAACACAUUAUUAUCAUUGUGUGUCUUCAUGUGAACUAUAAUUGAACAUUCCAAACAAUGGCCACAAUAUUUGUGGAGGCAUGAUAGUGGCUGUCAUACUAGUUGAGACAGACAGUGGCUGCCAUACUAGCUGAGACAGCCAUUGGCUGUUGUACUAGCUGAGACACAGACAGUGCCUGUCAUACUAGCUGAGACACAGACAGUGGUUGUCAUACUAGUUGAAACACAGACAGUGGUUGUCAUACUACCUGAUAGACAGUGGCUGUCAUACUAGCUGAGACACAGCCAGUGGUUGUCAUACUAGGCAAGACACUGCCAGUGGCUGUUAUUUUAACUGAGAUACUGUCAGUGACUGUCAAAUUAGCUGAAACACUGUCAAUGGCUGUCAUAUUGGCUCAAGCACCCACAGUGGCUGUCAUUUUGGUAAUGGCACAGGUAAAAUAUCUUCUAAACUAUCACCACCAAGGGUAAACAAACUCUUGCUUUUGGAUAUAAAAAAUCUACAGUAAGAAUUCUUUACAGAGCAGCACAGUAUAUUUACGUUGAGCUUUUUAUUAAAAGUUAGUCUCCACUUUGCCUUCAACAAAAUAAUAAAUAAAAAGAAAUAAUGAUAAUAAUAAUAAGCUUUUUAUGAGUCAUGGUAAAAGAAAAUUUGAGGUAAUUUACGGUUUUAAUAUUAUGCUUAGAUACUAAAAAUCAUCUACUCUAGAGGUGGGCGGUGCCAGGUGUCUCACAAGGGUGAACAUAGUGCUAGGUGGUACAGUAGUACUUGUGAACUGUCACCUGGCACCAGAGACUCAGUCGACUGAAGUAGAGCCCACCAAGGCACUCUGUCAGCACCGCCCCAGCCGCUGUACAUAGUAGUAUGUGAGGGGAGACAGGUUCUUGGUCAUUUGGGUGGUGGCACUAGUGAUCUGAGUGCCAACUGGUUGACAUGCAGUUCCUGCUGUUUUUGAUGGACUGGUUUUCAUUCGUUGGUUGCUGCUAAUGGUAGACUGGCUGUCAUAUAGCAGCUGCUGUUAAGGGUGAGAAUGCAGCAUACACCAGCAACAGUUGAUGGUCAAAUGCAUAACUGUUGGCCUUGGUGAACAUGCAACAUAUAAUAGCAGCUACUGCAGUGAUGCAUAUGUAAUAUCAACAGCAGCAACUGUGGGUGAUAGUGGUUAGACAGCACACCAUAACAGCGAAUGCAGCCGGUGGUGAUGGAUAUGUAGCACUGAGUAACACCCAGCAUCUGGCUCUGGUUGAAAUGGUAAAUAUGCGUUCAACAGCAGCUUAGCACAGCAGGUCACCCCUGUCUCCCCAUGACAUGAUUUGCGAUGAUUGUAGCCUCAUUCUCGUGAAAUUUUUAUUUAUUAAUUUGUGACUUCUUUGUACAUUGUGGAAAUUGUAACUUUUUAAAUUAAAGUGGACUAACCUCCA